UGUCUAUUCUGAUCCGUAGCGGCCCAACGAACAGUAGCAGCAGAGCCUCAUCAUCACCACCCCCUGCAGCUGCGGAUGCCGCGAUUAAAGUGACAUCUCCUCUGCUCUCCUCUCACCAAUUCAACUCGCAGUAGCUCUCCUCGGCCAUUGUCAAGAAAAAAGUCAAGAUCCGUGCUUUCGUCAGCCAAUUGGUUUCAAUUCGAUAUUUGGACGGUCGCUGUCGCAAAGCGCCCAUGAGGGAAGCUCGCGCAAGUGCCCCUUGCCGAAUCAGCCAUCUAAGAAGGGCUUCGGCCUGAUCGAUUCUCGCUCUCUGCUUUCGCUCUUCUCUCAGAGAGCACAUUAUCUUGUCAAUCAGUGAAAGAUGGCGCAGUUCAAAGGAUUCUACAUACCCUCGUUCAGCGCGACGGUGAACGUCGCGUGGGAAACGGUCAAAGCCUUGUGGCCGGAGAACAGUCCCUGCAUGGAAUUGUUGCGAGGUCCGAGCUCCGGCCAAGCUGGUGGCUACGAUCAGCAGUUUCGCGAGGGUGUCGAUGGCGCUGAAAUGACGACCUUGAAUAACGGCGCCGGCACGUCAUACACUGGCGAGAAGCACGUGACUAUGGCCGAGGAAUCAUUCAGCUAUCAACGGAGUGGAGACAAAAUUAGACAGGGGAGUGUCAGUAGCGGCUUCAGCGAGUACGACGAAGGGGGUGGUGAAUUUGGCUCUGGCACGCCAAUCAACGAAUGGCAGGCCGCAUGGAAUGUUACCAAUGCUAUUCAGGGCAUGUUCAUCGUGUCGCUGCCGUUCGCGGUGCUACGCGGUGGUUACUGGGCGAUCUUCGCGAUGAUCGGAGUGGCGCACAUCUGCUGCUACACCGGCAAGAUCCUGGUAGAGUGCCUGUACGAGGUGGACGUGGCGACGGGCCAGCGAGUGCGAGUACGUGACUCGUACGUAGCCAUCGCCAAAGAGUGCUUUGGACCACGAGUCGGCGCCCGCAUCGUCAACAUCGCCCAGAUAAUCGAGUUGCUGAUGACCUGCAUCCUCUACGUGGUGGUGUGCGGCGAUCUGAUGAUCGGUUGCUUCCCCGAAGGUGCCAUAGAUACGCGCAGCUGGAUGAUGCUCAUCGGCAUCUUCCUGGUGCCUUUGGGAUUCCUCAAGUCUCUGCACCACGUCUCAGUGCUGAGCUUUUGGUGCACGAUGGCUCACUUAUUCAUCAAUGCAAUCAUUAUCGGCUACUGCAUACUGGAGAUCGGCGACUGGGGCUGGUCGAAGGUCAAGUGGAGCAUCGACAUGGAGACAUUCCCGAUCUCCCUUGGCGUCAUCGUCUUCAGCUACACGUCGCAGAUCUUCCUGCCCACCCUCGAGGGUAAUCUCAUCGAUCGCAGCAAGUUCAACUGGAUGCUCGAUUGGAGUCACAUCGCCGCCGCGGCCUUCAAGUCGAUAUUCGGCUGGGUCUGCUUUUUGACCUUCCAAAACGACACUCAGCAGGUAAUCACGAACAACUUGCACUCGGCGGGCUUCAAAGGCCUAGUGAACUUCUGCUUGGUAUUGAAGGCCAUGUUAUCGUAUCCGUUGCCCUACUACGCGGCAUGCGAGUUGCUCGAGCGCGCCUUGUUCCGGGGCAAGCCAAAAACCCCGUUCCCAACGAUUUGGACGCUCGAUCGCGAGCUCAAAGUCUGGGGAUUGGCAUGGCGAAUAGGCGUAAUACUCUUCACCAUCCUCAUGGCCAUCUUCAUACCGCACUUCAGUAUUCUCAUGGGCUUCAUCGGCUCGUUCACCGGCACCAUGCUCUCCUUCAUCUGGCCGUGCUAUUUUCAUCUCAAACUCAAACGCAACUCGAUGGACAGCAAGGAAGUUGCCUACGACUGCUUCGUCAUCUUUCUCGGUGUACUGUUCGGUGUUAUUGGCGUUUAUGACUCGGGCAAGGCCCUUAUCAAGGCCUUCGAAAUCGGCUUGCCGUUUUAGGCUCGCCGACUUCCCAUAGUCGCCAAGUUUUGUUGCUCCGCAUCGAUCACCUGGCUUCGCUUGUAGGUAACUCGCGUUAUGUGCUUAUUAAGAUGUUUUGGCUGUCUUUCGAGCUUGGAACGAAGUGAUGUUAAAAACACAAUUUUAUUUGUCUAACUCUUCUGAAAUUCUUCUUUUGUUAUUUUUUUGUUUUUGUUGAGCCGACGUAUCACGAAGUGGUGUCAUCUUUUAUAAACAAAAUGUUGUAUAUUGACUGACAAUGUCGAGAUUUUUCAUGUGUUGUCAAAUGUUGAAUAACUGAUUUUUAACGAAACAAUUGUGUAAAUAUUGAAAAUCCAGCGUCUUCCAAUGCAAUAUUGCAUGAAGUAAUUCAAAACACGGAAACUACUUUAGGUACACACGUAUUACAAUUUCAAUCAUUUACAAAUGAAUGUCAUCAAUAAUAACAGAAGAAUAGAAUUUUCUUUUGCUUAUUCUCUAUUUCAACAAUGUCAAUUAAAAUUGCCCGAUCUUGAUAAUCAACAAGCCUUCAAUUGAGUAAGAGAUGAUGUAAGAUUACAUUUGAUUGUCGAUCGAUCUGCAAUAGCAACAAAUUAUUUAUAACCAAGAAAUAGAUCAAUUUAUUUUUUAUCUGAUAUUAUAAUAUUUAUAGAAUUUAUCUAAUGAACACUAACUGAUCCUCCAAAGGUGAUCACUUCGGUUCGAGCGGUGAUUUGUCAAAAUGAAAGUUACCUACACAGCGAAAUCAUUGUCGUCAAUGCAAAACAACUUUUAUCCGUUCAUGCGCCUGAGUAUUUAUUCGUGGUAUUUGAAAAAAUAUAUAUAACAGCUGAAAAGAAAACCACGAAACAAAUGAGAGUGUACAUCAUAGAAAAAGAAAGAAAAAGCUUCAACGAAUGAUGCUAUACCUUGCGGCCGUACUUUCUAUCGAUUGACUUGGCGUGAAAGAUUUUUACUUUUCACUUUUCUUAUGCAUGUACAGAUUUGAGGCCUUGAUGAUUCGAAUGAUACUGUGUUCAAUUAAUUUAUUGCAUAGUUGUAUCAACUAAAUUUAGUUAUUUAUGUUUAAAUUACACGUGAUUUUUCUAAAAUUCUCGUAAAGCAAAAUAAAACGUAAAAAUAUAUUACGCCAAGAGUUCUGCAUCGAUGUAAGUCUGUACCGCUAAAGUAAUUAGCGAUGGUAUUAAAACAAGCGUUGCUUUAUAAAUAGUCUUCCAAAAAUGUCUUCCAAAUGACACACUAAAUUCAAGAAAAAUAUUAGUGAAAAAAACUAUAACAGAAAUUAAGCGGUGUGCGUAAUGUGUCAGACAAUAAAUAAACGAAAGAGACUGGAAAAUUUUAAAUGAAAUGAAAUUAAUUGUAAAUUUAGAGGUUUGUUUUUAUUUCUUGCGGUUACUAUCUUAUUUAAUAAUAUCCUAUCUACAAUUGAUUUCAGCAAAAUGUUAAUUAAUAAAAAUGUAAUUACAUUCUUACUAGACGAAUAUGCGUGGUUAGUAAAUCAACAAUUUAGUAUCAAUUAUCAAAUAAAUAAAAAUUGAUGGUUGGUCUCACAUGGGUUAUAAAAACGGACUAUAUAAAAACUGUUGUGUAAGUUAAAUCACAAAUUUUAUAAUUAUAUCGAAUAUAGCUUUCGAAUUGUAACACAAUAGAAAAGCGUUGAUCGCUAGUUUAAUCUGAAUGACCGAGGAGUGUAGUUAUUAUCGUGAGUUGCCUUCUCGUAAUUUCGUAUUAUUUUAAAAAAAUCAUUAUUCACAUCCGCUAUGUAAACGGAGAAUUGAGAUAGUGUCCACUCCACCGAUUUAGUGGUUAUCAUUCUCCAAGAAAUACGAGCAAUGACUCAUGUAAGCUGAUCUCUCGCUCUUCAAUACACGCGCAUUGUAAAAUUUCACAUGUUCAAUACAUGUGUAUGAGCAGUUACACGAAAAAUAUCUAUUAAUAUUCCGUUUGAGUUUUUAACAAUUUCAAAUAGAGGGCACGCGCCUAAUUUUUAUACUUUAUCAUUUUAUGAGAUAUUCAAAACUAAAAGAAUUGGGCUCGACAUUCCAUAGAAGAGCGGAAAUUCAUACUAAAGAAACCGUGAUAUUUUAUGACCUCUUUAAUCCAACUUCAAAUUCGAAUUUUGCCUGUCAAUACACGUAGGAAACCAUAUUUCGAUUGAUUUUUUUAUUUAACAUUUCGAUCUCUGGAGAACUUUGAAAACGGUAGCCGUGGAUAAAAAACUCAUUGAUAAUGAAAGUGCCAAAUUGACGUGUUUAAGCUAACUUUAUGUGAUCAAAACUCAGCAAGAAUCAAAAUAUCGUGCAGAAAAUAAACCAAAACAGGCUUUCCGAUAUAUGUUGACCCGUAACAUACGAAUUGAAAUUCUGAUUCUCGCUACGUUUCUUUCCGUUAAAUUAAAAAAAUACAUAUGUAAAAGUUCAUGGAAAAAUUUAUUAUUGUUUUUAUUGACAUAAGCACUUCCGUGGGAACAGAAAGGGUGUCACGAUCAUGCACCAAGUUACGACUCAAGUUAUUUUCGGAUAGGCCAUGCUUUCUGGAAUGAUAAAAUAAAAAAAUUAAGAGCAUGCACCUCUAAAAUUUUUCGACACUCCGCGUGUGAGGAGGACUCGACUUUACGCGCGCUCGAGUUAUCGAGCAUGCUUACAAUCUCGUGCCAUACGCAUCGUAUCGAAAAAUGAUGUUAGAUACACGUGCGAGAAAAUAAUUUCACCAUCACAGUCUGUUCACCCUCGUUUCGCUCGGGCGCAAACGUCCACAAGAGGAUCAAAUCACUUUCUCGCACUGGUAUCCAAACGUACUAUUGUGUAAUCGUAGCGUUUUGUAAAACUGCUUAUAUGCCAUUUUAUUAAAGUCAAAUAGAAAAAAGUACAAGAUCUUAUAGUUUAGAAUAUGAAUCUAGAAAAUGCGAAUCCGUCGCUUGAUGUAUAAUUGAGACAAUGAAAAAAUACGUAUGAUCACAAGUCUUCCACAAUGCAUUUUUCUGUAUAAAUAAACAUAUGCCAAUUGAUCCAUGCAGUAGAUAAAUUUUUCCAUGUUGAAACACGCUUGUCUUUCAAAAAUUGACAAGCACUAAAGAAUUGACCCGACGUCUUCCAGUCUAUUGACGUGCAUAUUUAUCUAUGAACUUAAAUCAACAGUUUAGAUAUAAAUAAAACGAAACAAAUAUUAAUGACAUUAGAUAUAAGUUAAAAUAAUAGAAUAGACGUUAGUAAAUUUUGUCACGAAAAUAUGUAUUAUUUCAACGAUAAAAAAAUGCUUUUUUUUAUUUUACACGUAUUCAAACUUGACUUGGUUUGAUGACAUUUGAAAAACUUUUGUUACUUAGUAUACCUUCAGUACAAAAUGUAACUCGAAUCUCCAGUUCCCUCGUGGAAAUGAUUUCCCGUGUCAGAGUUACUAUAUUGAUGAAUAGAUAUUCCUUGAAUAGUAUUACUAUUUAAAAUAUUCCGGUUAGGGAAACAUUUUCAUGCCUACGAUAUAUAUGUAUGUAUAUAUAUAUAUAUAUACAUAUAUAUAUAUAUAUACACACACACACACACAAAGCGAGUAUAUACGAAACAAUGUCUUCCAAGGAUAAAUGGUGUAAUUAUAUUAUAAAUAAAUAUACAUCAAAAUAUAUUAUAUAUAUUUGCGUUGAGAUCGACCGAUCGUAUUUAACAAAAUGACUAAGUCAAUGACACUAUAAUGAAAAAAAUAUAUAUAUACUUAAUUUAAAUGAUAAAAUAUUUAUGAGAAACAGAUUGUGUAUCGAAUAAGAAUAAGUCGAUAUUAAGAUAUAAUAAAUAAGAAUAAACUACGAUCUAAAGAACAAGAUAAACAAGCGUAACAGAAAGCAGUGAAAAAAAUAAAACAUAGAUAGAUGAACAUUACGACAAGCUGCCACCGAGCUACAUAACGUAUUUUUUUAUAGUACAUAUGUAGCUUGAAACAUCACGGAACUUGAAUUCUCACGUGCCGCUUGUUAAUAUUGCAACAAGAAAAAAACCAUAAAUAUACCUAUGUCUCAAGGUUUUUGAACUCAAUGUAUCUAAAACUACUCCCUUUCACUUCAUUUGCUUCGUUUUAUCCCGUAAUAAAAAUUUUUAAAAGUAUUUUUAUCUUCAUUAAAAAAUUUGAAAAAUGUGCACUACAACCAGGCAGAAUCAACAAAGUUUAAUUUGUAUCUAUUAAGUGAAUGAUUGUUAUAAAAAGAACUUAAACGAUAAAAAUAUCGUUUAUAUCGUGAAAAAUACAAUCAGUCAUUUUUGCUACAUAACAUUACGUUUAAACAUUGUAUAAAAAUCACAAAAACGAAUGAUCGAAAGUGCUAUUGGUACAUACAUUGAAAAAUAUAAUGAAGAGCACAAAACUGUUAAAUAUUGUAUACAAAUUUGAGCAAUAUAUGAUAUAGUGACGUUUUCCAAAGUUGCAGUCUUCCAUUGAAAAUCCAUGAACUCAAUGAUAUACUAAACACUAAAAUCGUUUGCGAUAUUUUAUCUGAUCUCUUGUUAACUGUUAUUAGAUGUACAAUUAAUUAUAUCCUCCAUUGAUGAUUCAAAGUUAAUAGAAAUAUUUAUUAUACUGUGAUUAUUUCAAAGAGUGAUAGAUAUUGAACAAGAAUUAUAAGAUUUAAAUGUUAUACAGAUGGUUAUACAUAUAAUAGGCGUUGUUCAUCAUGCGCACUGUAUCACGGGCUUCCAUAUUAUGAAAACGAAAAUAAAUGAUAAUGAA